AGGAGGACGCACCAGGAGACACACGGAGCUCGGCUCUGCUCUGUUUCACACUCAUUUUUUUUUUUUUAAGAGAGAGACACUGCAGUUUUUAUUUUUUGAGGGAGCCGGCGGUGAGUUUUGAGUCCAGUGGAUGUGAACAGAGAAAGUUGAGCACCGAGCCGGAGGAAUGUAUCCGAGUCGGGCAGCGGCGUGCCAGCGUCUGAGGGGAUGUUCCUCCUCCUGCGUGUUCUGGAUCGUCCUGCUCCUCCAUAGCGUCCUGGACCUCUGCGCGUCCGGGUCUGAGUUUCCUCAAGACCCCAGUAUGCUAGCUACCACUUCAUGGAACACUUCUAAUGAUGGGCCUUUCUUCAUCCGCCUGGAAGAGCCCAUGAACAACAUCACCACCUCUCUGGGCCACACUGCCGAGCUCUUAUGCCGUGUGUCCGGCAACCCGCCACCUACUGUACGCUGGCUGAAGAACGAUGCACCCGUGGUGCAGGAGCCACGACGUGUGUCCUACCGUUCCACACCGUACGGAUCACGCCUCCGAAUUCGCAACCUGGACACUACGGACACUGGCUACUUCCAGUGUGUGGCCACCAACACCCAGGGCACUGUCUCCACUACCGGUGUACUGUUUGUCAAAUUUGAUCCGCUCCCUACCCCUCUGCCAGGAAGGCCUUCAGCGGAUGAUUUUGAUGAAGAAGGCUUCUGUCAGCCAUACAGAGGCAUUGCCUGCGCUCGCUUCAUUGGUAACCGCAGCAUCUUUGUCGACUCGCUGCAAAUGCAGGGAGAAAUCGAGACACAGAUCACAGCGGCCUUCACUAUGAUCGGGACCUCCAACCAUUUAUCUGAUCGUUGCUCACAGUUUGCCAUCCCUUCCUUGUGCCACUUCGCCUUCCCCACCUGCGAUCGCAGCUCAGGCACUGACAAACCUCGAGACCUGUGUAAGGAUGAGUGUGAGAUCCUGGAGAACGACUUGUGUAAGACGGAAUAUAUCAUUGCCCGAUCAAACCCCAUCAUUCUGAAGAGACUGAAGCUGCCGAACUGUGAAGACCUGGCUGCCUCUGACAGCCCUGAAGCUGCCAACUGUCUGAGGAUCGGCAUCCCCAUGCCAGAGCCCAUUAAUAAGAACCACAAGUGCUUCAACCACACAGGAGCAGAUUACCGUGGCACUGUGAGCAUGACCAAGUCGGGGCGUCAGUGUCAGCCGUGGAACUCCCAGUAUCCUCACAGCCACACCUACCUGGCUGUUCGCUAUCCAGAACUGAACGGGGGCCACUCGUACUGUCGCAACCCAGGGAACAAGCACGAGGCCCCCUGGUGCUUCACACUGGAUGAAGGUGUCCGUAUGGAGCUGUGCGACAUCCCCAUCUGUGACCACAAGGAUAAGCCUGGUGGUGGCAACAUGGAGAUCUUGUACAUCUUGGUUCCUAGUGUGACCAUCCCUUUAGCCAUCGCUUUGCUUUUCUUCUUUAUUUGUGUGUGUCGCAACAACCAGAAGUCCCCCAGACCCCCGGCCCCUCGCCAGCCCAAACCCGUCCGUGGACAAAAUGUUGAGAUGUCCAUGCUGACGACUGCAUACAAGCCAAAGAGUAAAGCCAAAGAGCUUCCGCUGUCGGCUGUGCGUUUCAUGGAGGAGCUCGGAGAAUGCUCAUUAGGGAAGAUCUACAAAGGUCACCUUUACCUACCGGGCAUGGACCAGGCUCAGCUUGUGGCCAUAAAGACCCUGAAAGACCCUUCCAGCACUCAGUUGUGGGGCGACUUCCAGCAGGAAGCGGCUGUGCUGGCAGAGUUGCAGCACCCCAACAUGGUGUGCCUGCUGGGCGUGGUUACCCAGGAGAAGCCUGUCUGUAUGUUGUUUGAGUUUCUGCCUCAAGGCGACCUCCACGAGUUCCUCAUCAUGCGGUCGCCGCACUCUGACGUCGGUUGCAGCAGUGACGAGGAUGGCACAGUGAAGUCCAGCCUGGAUCACGGGGACUUCCUCCACAUGUCAAUACAGGUGGCUGCUGGGAUGGAGUAUUUGGCAAGUCAUUUCUACAUCCACAAGGACCUCGCUGCUCGGAACAUUCUAGUAGGUGAACAGCUGCAUGUGAAGAUCUCUGACUUGGGCCUGUCCAGAGAGAUCUACUCCUCGGACUACUACUGCAUUCAGCCUAAAACCCUGCUGCCCAUCCGCUGGAUGUCCCCAGAAGCCAUCACCUAUGGGAAGUUCACCACAGACUCGGACAUUUGGUCGUUUGGCGUGGUGCUGUGGGAGAUCUUCAGCUAUGGCCUGCAACCUUAUUACGGCUUCUCCAACCAGGAGGUAAUGGAAAUGGUGAGAAAGAGGCAACUGCUGCCCUGCCCAGAGGACUGUCCACCAAGGUUCUACGGCUUGAUGACUGAGUGCUGGCAGGAGGGACCAGCACGCCGACCACGCUUCAAGGACCUCCACAGCCGUCUGAGAGCAUGGGAGGGGCUAUCUUCCCACGCCAGCUCGAGCACGCCUUCUGGUGGCGGAGGCAAUGCCACUACCCAGACCACCUCCCUCAGUGCCAGCCCCGUCAGUAACCUAAGCGAUCCUCGUUAUGCGGCCGCCACUGCUGCAGGGUACCUCUACCCAGCCCAGGCUAUACCCCCACCAGGCCAGAUGGCUCCAAUCCCAGCCUGGACACCCAUCGCUGUGGCACAAAGCCACCAGCGCUUUAUCCCUGUCAAUGGCUACCCCAUUCCACCAGGCUAUGCAGCUUUUCCAGCCCACUUUCCUCCCCCAGCUCCACCAACUAGGGUAAUCCAACACCACCUGCCCCCCCCAAAAAGUCGCUCACCGAGCAGCGCCAGUGGCUCAACCAGCACAGGUCACGUCAGCGGUGUGCCCUCCACCACGGGCUCCAACCAUGAUGCCAACACACCCUUGCUUUCCCACUGUAUCAUGUCGGGUAGUGUCGGCGGAGGGGCGGCUCAGAUGUACGGACAAGUAUCCCAAAAGGGGGUGGGACCUCUGGACCAUGCAUCCCAAACAUCAGCGUUGCUUGCAGCUGAUCCCGACGUACUGAUGUAUAACGACUCGGUCAUCACCGCUGACCUGUAAAAGGAGAGUCUUUUUGCUUAGGGUACAAAUUUAAGACGUUUCCGGAGGCCCCAGCGACGGGCUCCUGAGCACAUCUGGGUCUCAGCCCACAGCAGCUAUUCUACAUACCAGCUGCUUGACUUUCUGUUCAAAGUCUACUUACCAGAGUAGCUUGAGAAUGUUAUUAUGUUAACCUCUAUGUAAAUAUGGUACAUACGUCCUGAAUGAAUGAAUGAAAUCAAAAAGGAAAAAACACUUCUUAGUCCAUCCAUAUCCGGCGUCAGUCUCCAUGAUGACCUUUAGGUGCCUUACGGCAGUGGACAUAUUAAAAUGGUCAAAGUGCAUUUAGUGUUACCGCCAGCAACAAGCAGCAGACAGAACAUUUUUGGCUUUAGUAACAAAAAAAAAAAUCAGGAGGUUGCCGACCUCUGGUUCUGGCUCUCAGCACCUUACUCAGCCCUUUUGACCAGGUCAUCAAAAUGUAGUAUUUUUGAUUGUGCAUAACAAGCCCAAUAAAAACUCACACAGUCCCUGCAGAACUGACACGUGAAUGUUUUUGUAAAACGGCAACUUGGCGAGUCUGUGACACUGACACAGGAUUCGCCUUCAUCAUGAAGUUAUAGGCAGCUGCAGCUCUUCUGACUGGACGCCAAACUUGCCAUCACCUCAGUCUCCCCUAUACAGACGUAAGGACUCUUUACUUUUUGCAGUCUCAUUGUUUUUGUUGCUUUAUUUCUUCCUUUGUCUGUGGAGUCCUGAGGUUCCUGCACAUGCUGCCUACAGCAGGAAGAUGAAGCUCCAAGCCUCAAGAAUCCUGGUGCUUCUCCUUUACUAACCAGUGACCUACAAUGAGGACUGGAUAUUUUUUCUUCUUGGUCUCACUGGAGGGUCCUUGCAUACUGCUGGAGUGACUACGUUCAAACCCCAUUGCUCUCACAUUAACAGGAAUGCGCAAAAUGAAAGGAAAGGGUGAAGGGACGGUACUGGAAUUGGACCUUCGUGUUCAUCGAGUAGUUACUUAGUGAGUCUCUACGUCUGGUUACACCCAUCAUGAGGGAGCGUCAUCUGUGUCGCUGCAGUCGUGUGACGUGUUUUCUAUUGGAGGAUCCAGCUGGCAGGUGCCUCACUGCUGAGAACCCCGGUAACCAGACCAAACGGGGAAAACCCCCACGUAACACUUGACUGUUCAGGAUUGACCUCAAAUCUGCCUCGGCACUAACACUAGUGUGCGGCGUGAGCACCAGAUCCCAAACCUGACCUGGCCUGAGUGAUGUCAAAGUAUAUAAUGGCGCCCCCUAUCCUCUACUGCCUCUACAGUUGAAGCGGACUGGCCUCAGGGUGAACGUGAGGGUGCUGUCAGUAAUGUGAGCUGAGAUUUCCACAUUCACGAGUGGUUUAGUUUUAUACCACAGGCUCUUCAGUGUUUGAGUUUUAAAGGAACGUACGGUUUCGUGAGUUCGAGCUCUGCGGCGUCUUUUGCGUUGUUUUCUCUUUGUUGUUUUGUAGGCAGUGCAGCCAGAAAGAUGCAGAGCAAACAAAGGGCUAAAGCAGAGUGCUCAUGUUAUAGUUGUAAGAUAGUCAAAUGAACGUCGUACAUGUAUGUUUGACUUUCCUGUGUUUUAUGUUUUUUCCGUGACUGAAGAGAAUGUUUCACUCAGAACAAGGGAGGAUUUAAUAAAGCCGCUAGUUUCAGUGCCCAGGAUGGAUCAAAACCUCAGAUUCUAAUACAGUGUUUGUAAAUCUGACGUCAGUUAGUCAACUUUUAAUUUCAACUCCUUUAUAAAUGCUGCAGUGCACCGUUCUGACAGUAGAGUGUGCUCUCAUCAAGUCUGCAAAUGUUGAAACAUUUCAAAUACAAAGCUGUUUCACAGUUUAGAAAAAGGUCAAACUUUAUUUGUAGAGAAGAUUUCAUACAACAAAUGUAGCAUCAAUGGUUUUGUGUUGAAUAGUGAUUAAAGAAUUGAAUAAGGAACAAAAUAAGAUGGGGAUUCUCUAAA